GCCCUACUCUGAUUCGAUCUACGCGUAAACUGUUCCCGGCAGGUUUCCCCUGCCCCUAAAUAAAUCCUAGAGACUGCACUGAAGGUUCGUUAUGGGUAUCGCUAAAUUGCAUCAGGAGGAAUUGGUGUGGUUGGUUGGUAACGCGAGUACUGCAUUGCACGGUAUGCUGGGUUUACGGUGGUUCGGACAGAGCUGUUUUUGCAGAAUUAUUUAGGUAUAUCGUGGCGAUUAAUCUGAACUCUUUAGAUCUUGCAUACGGAGAAAAUAAGCUACAGAUCUUGUACACUGAGAAAGCUAUAGUGGUAUGGAAAUGCUGACACACCUGCUGCUCCGAAGCCAGAACUUAUGUUCUGCUUAAGUGCUGAAUCACAGAACACAUACUUUUCUGUCUUAUUAUUCUUAUAUCACUAUAAGCUUCUCAUUGGAAGCAACUGACUUUUCAGCUUCUUUCCUAAUUUGACUUUGUUAGAACAACUGAUAAGUAAGAAAUGACUUCAGUAUUUUUUGCAUUGUCGAUAUUGACAGCUUGCUUGAAGCUCGUUAGUCCCAAAAGUUUGGCAAAUUUGGUCUUUCCCGAAGGCACAAAACAUGACUUCGUGGUUAAGAGGAUCACAUACAAAUCUGAUGAUGACGACUACGACACAUUCCACUCUGAGGCGAACUCUACUUAUUUACUGCAGCAUGCGGAAGCGACAAGGUUUAAUUUGUUUACAGGAUUUCAGACACCUGCUGAAAGAGAAGAUAGCUUCAAGGUGAAUGAGACUGUUAAUGUGCAUUGUGGUUUCUACAGCGACAAUGGUGGCUUCAAAAUUUCUGAAGAGGAUAAAAGAUACAUGAGAACCUGUAAAGUUGUUGUGUCUACCUGCGCAUUUGGUGGUGGCGAUGAUCUAUAUCAACCUAUUGGAAUGGCCAAUUCUUCUUUUGACAGGCAGGUUUGCUACACAGCCUUUUGGGAUGAGGUGACCCUAUCAACUCAGGAAGCUGAGGGAAAGGUAAUUGGUGACAAUGGCAUGAUAGGAAGGUGGCGCAUCGUUGUUGUCAAGAGCCUCCCUUUUGUGGAUCAACGAUUAAAUGGGAAGAUCCCAAAGAUGUUGACUCAUCGCCUUUUCCCGGAGGCAAGGUACUCUAUAUGGGUGGACUCAAAAUACCAAUUUCGAAGGGAUCCGAUAGCAGUGCUUGAAGCUCUUCUUUGGAGGACAAAUUCUACCUUUGCUAUCUCCGAACAUGGAGCGCGGAGUAACAUUUAUGAUGAGGGGAAAGCUAUUGUUCAAAAGCACAAGGCUACUCCUGAAGAAGUAGAGGUGCAAUUGACCCAAUAUCAUCAAGAUGGUAUGCCAGGCGUAAAAAGAUUAUAUGGAUUGAAAGCUCUAGCUGAAGCCUCUAUUAUUGUGAGGGAGCUCACACCUGCACCGAACCAUUUCAUGUGUGCUUGGUUCAAUGAAGUGGUUCGCUUCACAUCUCGGGAUCAGCUCAGUUUCCCAUAUGUUCUGUGGCGAAUGAACAUGCCUGGAAUGAGCAUGUUUCCUGUAUGCUCUCGCAGGGACCUUGUGAACAGUUUGGGUCACACAAGGAAAGUAAAACCUCUUACACAGACGAAACCAGAGUCUUCUGCCUCGUGAUCAUUUCGCCCAACUUGUUUGCUUAUAGUCAACUAACCAUUGAUUCAUACAGGUUCUAAUGGCCGACAUCUCUUGGUUCACAAUUUUGUUGUAUAUUAUUAUAGUACCUUUCCAUUCUUCCUCUAAUGGAAUCAUGGAUUUGCUUGUACACGGACAUGAACCUGAAAUACCAUCACACACUCUUACCUGUAAAAUAUCGUUCCAUUUGGUAUUGGAAAGAAUGAACAGUUAGUGUAGCAUGUUAAGAUAAUCUCCCUUGUCUUUUGUGCUCUUGGAAAAUGGAGUAUACACGAGGCAUUUAAUUCAGAUUCCAGCAUUUGUCUUUUAAA